UGGGGCAACUGUUUUUGGGCUGACGGAGGGCUGUGCACACCACAGCGUAUCUUUUUUUUAAAUACCUUACCUGCCACACCCACCACGCAGAAUCCUCCCUCCUUCCUGCUCCCUCAGGUCUCCUUCCUCCAUCUUCUUUCUUUUCCGACUGUUUCGUUCCACGAGAACGCUCCUUGUCCAAUCUUUAUUUCUUGUGACUUCUAUCUAGAAGGGCCAAGAUAGAGUAGACGUUUCGAUUCUCCGUCGAAAUUCUACAGGCUCGUCCUCACAACCCACCACUUCAAAAAAUACCCAAUAGACCCGAUCUCGCAUCUCCGGGUAGACGGUGGGAUUAGUUUCCUUCUCGGGUCGCGAAACUCAUAGACUUCCGGUCUCCUUUCGAAGCGUAUUAUUUCGACAUCUAUCCGCCAUCAUGCCUGCCGCUUCUGAGAACGCCCAGAGCGUCAAGGUUCUCGACGAGCUGAUGCAGAAGCUUACCAUCUCCAAGGAGGCCGAUGCUAUCAAGGAGUCUGCCGGCGCACUCGCCACCUUCAUCAACGGCCGCAUCGAGGACCUCGAGACCCCCACCAGGACCGUCGAGGCUCUCAAGAAGCAGCUCGCGAACAAGAAGGAUGCUGCCGCCCGUGAGAAGGCCCUGCUCGCCGUCCAGGCGAUCGCCCAACAUUCCGAGGUCUCCGCCAGCGUCGAGCCCUACCUCGUCGCUCUCCUCCCCGCCGUCCUAGCGGGUGCUGGUGACAAGAUCACCGCUGUCAAGAAUGCCGCUAUCGCAGCUUCCCUCGCCAUCGCCGAGGCGGUAAACCCUAAUGCGAUCAAGGCUACCCUCCCAGCCCUGAUCGACUCCCUGAGGAACGCCCAGAAGUGGCCCGAGAAGAUGACGGUGCUCGACUUCAUCGACACCCUCGUCCGGACAUGUCCCUCCCAGACGUCGCUUCUUGUCCCCAACCUGAUCCCUGUCGUGUCCGAGGCUAUGUGGGACACCAAGAAGGAAGUCAAGGACCGGGCUUACAAGACGAUGGAGAAGGUCUGCCAGCUCAUCGUCAACCGCGAUAUCGAGCGCUUCAUCCCCGAGCUCAUCAAGUGUGUCGCCAAGCCGGAGAACGUCCCCGAGACGGUGCACUUGCUUGGUGCCACUACUUUCGUCACCGAGGUCCAGGAACCCACCCUGGCCCUGAUGGUCCCCCUGCUGGAUCGUGGUCUCGCCGAGCGCGAGACUGCGAUCAAGCGUAAGGCUGCGGUUAUUGUCGACAACAUGUGCAAGCUCGUCGAUGACCCCAACAUCGUCGCCCCUUUCUUGCCCAAGAUGAUGCCCGGCCUGCAGAAGAACUACGACAACCUCGCUGACCCCGAGGCUCGUGAAAAGACCAAGCAGGCCCUCGACACCUUGGUCCGUGUUGGCAACGUUGUCGAUGGCAAGAUUCCCGAGGCGCGCAACCACGGCGACAUCUCUACCAUCAUGGGCCACUUAAAGGAGAUCCUUACCGGCAAGCACGCUGCUGCCUUUGAGAAGUUCGCCCCUGUUCUGGAGUACGCUUCCGCUAUCGCUGGCCAGCUCGUUGACGAAAAGGCCACCGACGCUUCUUCCUGGGCCGAGAGCGUGAAGCCUUACAUCACCGUUGUUGUCGGCGAUUCUGAGGCCGAUGGCGUCGUCGACGCCCUCCGUAAGCGGGCCAUCCCCGGCGCCGCCGACGCUGACGCCGUCGAGGACGACGAGGAAGAGGGAGAGGACCUGUGCAAUUGCACAUUCUCUCUCGCUUACGGCGCAAAGAUCUUGCUCAACCAGACCAGCCUGCGUCUCAAGCGCGGCCAGCGGUACGGCCUGUGCGGCCCCAACGGUUCUGGCAAGUCCACCCUGAUGCGUGCCAUCAACAACGAGCAGGUGGAGGGCUUCCCCAAGCAAAGCGAGGUCAAGACCGUCUUCGUCGAGCACGACCUGGAUGCUGCUGAUACCGAGAUGACCACCAUCGACUGGACGAUGAAGAAGUUGAACGAGGCCGGCGUCACGACGACAAAGGAAGAUGUCAUCAAGCAGCUCAACGACUUCGGCUUCAACGACGAGAUGGUCCAGGGUGAGAUCACUGCCCUCUCUGGUGGUUGGAAGAUGAAGCUUGCGCUGUGCCGUGCUGUCUUCGAGGCUCCCGAUAUUCUCCUGCUCGACGAGCCAACUAACCAUCUUGACGUGGUCAACGUGGCGUGGCUCGAGGAGUACCUCAAGACCUCUAAGUGCACCUCCAUCAUUGUCUCUCACGACAGUGGGUUCCUCGACAAUGUCUGCCAGCACAUUGUUCACUACGAGCGCUUCAAGCUCAAGCGCUACAAGGGCAAUCUCAAGGACUUCGUCCGCCGUGUCCCAUCGGCCAAGUCUUACUACGAGCUUGGCGCCUCCGAGGUCGAGUUCAGGUUCCCGGAGCCCGGUUUCCUCGAGGGUGUCAAGACAAAGGCUAAGGCCAUUCUUCGCGCCACCAACAUGAGCUUCCAAUACCCGGGCACCUCGAAGCCCCAGAUCUUCAACAUUAACUUCCAGUGUUCGCUCGGAUCGCGUAUUGCCGUCAUCGGUGCCAACGGUGCCGGAAAGUCUACCCUGAUCAACGUCCUCACUGGUGAGCUCAUCCCGACUGGCGGUGAGAUCUACCAGCACGAGAACAUCCGCAUCGCCUACAUUAAGCAGCAUGCUUUCGCCCAUAUCGAUAACCACUUGGACAAGACCCCGUCCGAGUACAUCCAGUGGCGUUUCCAGACCGGCGAGGAUCGUGAGACCAUGGACCGUGCCAACAAGAUCAUCACCGAGGCCGAUGAGGAGGCCAUGAACAAGGUCUUCAGGGUUGAGGGUACUCAGCGCCGCAUCCUCGGCAUCCACAGCCGUAGAAAGUUCAAGAACAGCUACGAGUACGAGUGCUCGUUUGCUCUCGGCGAGAACAUCGGCAUGAAGAACGAGCGCUGGGUUCCCAUGAUGACCGCGGACAACGCCUGGUUGCCCCGCAGCGAGCUGCUCGCCUCCCACCAGAAGAUGGUCGCUGAUGUCGACAUGAAGGAGGCCCUCGCCUCUGGUCAGUUCCGUCCUCUGGUCCGCAAGGAGAUCGAGACUCACUGCGCCAACUUCGGCCUCGAUGCCGAGUUGGUUUCCCACUCGCGCAUGCGUGGUCUUUCUGGUGGCCAGCGUGUCAAGGUUGUGCUUUCCGCUUGCUCGUGGCAACGCCCUCAUCUGAUCGUUCUCGACGAGCCGACGAACUAUCUCGAUCGGGACUCCCUCGGCGCCCUGUCCGGCGCUCUCAAGGCCUUUGAGGGUGGCGUGAUUAUCAUCACGCACAGUAAAGAGUUCACCCAGAACCUUACUGAGGAAGUCUGGUCUGUCCGUGAUGGUCAGAUGACGCCCUCGGGUCACAACUGGGUCCAGGGCCAGGGCACCGGUCCCCGGUUGAAGGGCGAUGACGGAGAGGAGGAAGACAAGUUCGAUGCCAUGGGUAACAAGAUUGAGGGGAAUAAGAAGAAGGCGAAGCUUACCAGCUCCGAGGCGCGCAAGAAGAAGAAGGAGCGUAUGGCCCGUCGCAAGCGCGGUGAGGAGGUCUUCAGCGACGAGGAGGACUAAAUGCCUCGCUUUCUGAUCUUUCUCAUGGCUUUAGCGCGACGAUCGGGUAUACAAAAGUUGCUUUCUUUCUUUCUGGUUCGGGGUUGCAUGGUCUGGCCUUAAUGGGAUUAUGUCUUUCAUGUUUAGUCAGGAUGAUCGUAACGCCGCUGAUGCCCGCCGCAAUGUGUCUAUGGCUGGCGAUGGGGAGGACUUGCCGACCCAGGACUGGAGACCCUGGGACGGUUGGUCUGAAUCCUCCAUUGGCCGGACGAGAGGGAAGAUACCACGGAUGUGCGGGCGUUCUCUUAUGGAUAGAGGACAAUAUAGAUGAUGACUAUACCAGUGUUCAUGGAGGUCCUACCGGUGCCUAUGAGUUUGCCGUCAGACAAGUCUUGCUGGAGUCGUGUUCCAAUGGAUGCAGGCUCGUUGUUGUUGGCCGCGAGCGGGAACGAUUGAGAAGUCACC